GUUCGUGAACGGGACCCCCGAGACAUGCGCAGUCCUCGAGAUCCCCGAGAUAUCAGAGAUCGCAGAGAGCCAUACCCACCACGACGACCUGACGAUAGACGGUUUGACCCGAGACCUGACCCGCGCUCCGAUCCGCGACCUGCUCGAAGGACACCACCACCUCAAGUACCCAAGACAAGGAUUGUUACAAGAAAACGCAUGAAGCCCCGACCUACUCUGGUUCCUGAACAUGCAGCUUCGGAGUCAGUGUAUUACAGGAAGCCAGGCAACGAAUCGGUAGUUGGAUCCGGUACAUACGGAAAGGUGUUCAAGGGUGUCCAUGUUUAUACUAAGGACAUGGUUGCCCUCAAGAAGAUUCGAAUGGAGGGUGAACGCGAUGGCUUUCCGGUUACCGCGAUUCGCGAGGUCAAGUUGCUGCAAUCUCUCAACCACGCCAACAUCGUCAAUCUACGAGAGGUCAUGGUUGAGAAGAACGACUGCUACAUGGUUUUCGAGUACCUAUCCCACGAUCUCACUGGUCUUUUGAAUCACCCGACCUUCAAGCUUGAACAAUCACACAAGAAAGAUCUGGCAAAACAGCUCUUCGAGGGGCUAGACUACCUCCACCGUCGCGGCGUUUUACAUCGAGACAUCAAGGCUGCGAACAUCCUGGUGUCAAACACCGGGCAGUUGAAAUUGGCAGAUUUUGGUCUUGCACGAUUCUACGCGAAGAGCAGCAAGCUCGACUAUACGAACCGAGUCAUCACCAUCUGGUACCGAUCACCAGAGCUGCUGCUGGGAGAAACUCAGUAUGGUCCAGCUGUUGACAUUUGGUCAGCCGCUUGCGUACUGGUGGAGAUCUUCACACGACACGCUAUCUUCCCAGGAGAUGGUGGCGAGAUCAACCAGUUGGACAAGAUCUAUAACAUACUGGGCACGCCCACCGUGCAGGACUGGCCUGGCAUCGUUGAUAUGCAAUGGUUCGAACUACUGCGCCCAACCGAACGGAAGCAAUCAACGUUCGAGGAGAAGUACAAAGAUCGUGUUAGCCCUAUGGCCUUCGAGCUCCUCCAGGCUAUGUUCCUUUUCGAUCCCAAUGCGCGACCCACGGCCGCCGACGUACUCGAGCACCCUUUCUUCACAAGCGAGGCGCCGCCGCCGAAACGCGCUGAUGCGCUGAAGGAGCUGGAGGGUGACUGGCACGAGUUCGAGAGCAAAGCCCUCCGGAAGGAGAAGGAGAAGCAAGACAAAGAGGCGCGGCGUGUUGCGCGGGAAGAGAAGGACACAGCGAGGAAAGACGAGGGUAAAAGACGCGCUGACGCAAAUGCCGGGGAAGAAAGGGAGGCUAAGCGAGCGAAAAGCGGUGAUGCGACGGCGUAG